CGCUUCCACACCUGAACAUGAGUCAAUACGUCCACGUCCCAAAGUCCGAGCUGGACGAGGCUCAGCUCCGUGCACUCGAAGAGCAUGAGAUCAGCCAGGGUCCAUUGUCAGUACUGCAGCAGGCUGUUAGGAAUCAUGCCCAAGUCCUCAUUUCCCUUCGCAACAACAAGAAGCUACUCGCCCGUGUGAAGGCAUUCGACAGGCAUAGCAAUAUGGUUCUCGAGAACGUCAAGGAGAUGUGGACCGAAGUGCCCAAGGGCAAGAACAAAAAGCCGGUCAACAAGGACCGCUUCAUUAGUAAGAUGUUUUUGCGAGGAGACUCGGUGAUUCUCAUCUUGCGGAACACUGCAUGACGGAUGUUUGUUAUGGCUUGCUCAAAGCUGGCUCCCGGCGGACGAAGCAGUGGCUAUUUGGGAAAAAUAUAGGCUGCAGUACAGAUACACUGUGGUUCCCUGCGCGCCGUGCGUAUGAUCUAUCGACUGCUCUGCAUUCUGGCUGUGACUACCCUGUUGAAGUACAGGUGUGCAUACGUACAAUGAGAUACUUUUAAACUCUCCGAUAUCGUAUACUUAUAUCUCCAUCCGUGUUGCCUGGUAUACUUGUAAAAUUUUGUGCUCUGUCGCUGUUGUCUUGGAAGUGAAUGUUCUUCUGUAGUCGCUGAUAUAGUGUGUCAUUUCGGCGCUUACCAGUAAUGGUCGCGACCCUGUCGGCGGACUCAGGUCGUCACUGCUCUUCGCUUCCGUCCACUCACGUCUUGUCUCGCAAACCGUAGUGCAACGUCAAACUGGAUUCCCCACUGUUAGCGUUGCCCUCAUUGCUAGGCAAUGGUAGGCCUAUUCCACAUAGGCACUAAGAGCUCGCCUUCGCGAACGACCCAGUCGACUGACUCUGCUCGCCCGAUGACCCCGCCGCCUCCGCAAUAUGCACAGAACGGCGACGGAGCGACAUAUUUUGCGGCGGAAACGACGACGACUACCCAUAUCGUUACGACCACCCAGACCACCACUCAUUUUUUCUCUCUUCCCCUUUGGCGACGUCGGACGCAGCAGCCGACACCAACGACCAUUGCAUCUCCUACUCCCAAAUCAUCCUACGCGGAUGAAAUGGGCAUGGCACGCGGGUCUAGCCUACCAGCAAGGGAUAAGGAUUUGCCUCCGACUCCUCCCCUGGAGGAUGAAGCUGGGCCGUCGACGCGUACCAGCAGCAGCCAUCCGUCGUUGUCACACACUAGCGAAUCCAGGAAUAUUGAUCCCUCCCCAAGCCAGCCAUAUAUUCACCGACAUAUCCCUCCCAGAUCUACCUCCUCUUGCCUCUCACCGCCGGUGGGUGGUGCGAUCCCGGAGCCCGCUUCACAGGGCACCACCGCCCUUGCGCGGGCUGCGCUUGGUCUUGGCUUGCCUCCGCUCAUGUUCAACGCAAUCCCAGAUCCCGAGUCUUCUGACGGUUCUAACGCUAUCAGCUUUGCGGUAUCAGAAACGCGUCCCGAGCGUAAACCAUCUAUGAGUCUGUCUUCGGCCUCAAUCCGCCGUGCGAAGAGUUUCCAGAGGGAAUCGGACGAGGAACGGGCGCAGUCUCAUGCCGCUCUUCGAGAACGGAGACGCACUCGCGGGCUGUCUUUAGGGCCAUUGCUGACUUCAAACGAAGCUGUGAAAGAUGAGAUGCCUGCAGAACGGAAGUCUCUAUCUAGGAAGAGUUCCUUCUGGUCCAGGAAACGAAACGAUUCACACGCGCCCCCUCCUGUCACUGCACCUCCCGCUAACCAUUUCCUGGAACAGCCAUCUCUACCCUCCUUGCAGCCUGUCUCUCCAUUCAACAUGGAAACCUCCAUCGGCGAGUCUGCUGGACAGCGGUCUGAUAAAUUGGAACUGCCGUCCUCUCCAGACCUGCGACGGAGGCAUUCCGAAAAGUUGUCAUUAUCCCGUCCAGCUGUACCAUCCCUAGAGCACGAGAAGUCGGAACCGUCUAAACAAGGACAAGGACAGCGUAGGCAACGAAUGAAACGUCCUCAAACAGCAGGUCCUACGGCUCGUGGUUCUCGUGUUCAAUCUUCACACUUUCCCGGACCUGUUCCCAUUACUGCCGAGCCGGCACAAAUGGAGGGCCCGGUGGAGACAACGCCGACUAACGAGAUCACGUCGUGUCCGACGUCGACACCCCCCGUCUCCUCGCGCCCUCGCUCUACGACCAAUCCGCCACUCCUUCACCGUUUGUCCAUCAAUAUCUUCGGGUCGUCUCCCAGCUCUUCGCCUAUUACAAGUCACGCACCCACCGACGAUUUCACUCGCUCGCCUUCUACAAGUUUUUCGUCGUCUCGCCCGUCCCCCAAGGUCUCAGUAGAAAUCCCGAGACCUCGUCAUGACGAGGAGUCGCCCGAACUGUAUCUUCAGAGGCUCACGGAAGCUGUCUCAAAAGCUGAAGUCGCAAGUGUACUUGCCGCAACAGCUGACGAAUUCCAUGCCAAGGCCUUGCGUGCAUAUAUAGCACAAUUUAACUUCAUGCACGACCCGCUGGACGUAGCCCUGCGAAAGUUACUGAUGGAGGUCGGCUUGCCGAGGGAGACUCAACAAAUAGACAGAGUGAUGGAAGCGUUUGCAGAACGCUACCGACAAUGCCAUCCCACUCUUUUCACAUCAGAUGAUCACCCAUACAUCCUUGCCUUCAGUUUGAUCAUGCUGCAUACGGACGCGUUCAAUAAGUCCAAUAAACGCAAGAUGACAAAGGCAGAUUAUAUCAAGAACACUCGUUUACCUGGCGUCGCUCCGGAAAUUCUAGACUGCUUCUAUGACAACACGGUUUUCGCGCCUUUCAUAUUCAUCGAAGAUCCUCUGGAUAUUAACGGACAGCGUGGAUUGUUGCCUGAAGGGCCAACAGCCAGGCGCAUGUCUACUCUUACGUCUUCACCGGGAAGCCUCAGUACUGGCGGAUCCACUCUACUUGGAAAGAGUAAUAAAGUUGACCCUUAUUACCUUAUCACUUGGAAUUUGCUGGAUGACCUUCGCGUCGACAUUCGCUCGCAUAUACCCCUCACUAGCCCGUAUCUCUAUCAGGGUACAGGUGGCACAUGGAACGAAGACAAGCUUCUCCGGGCAUUUGCCACAGCUGGUGUUGUGGAGAUCACCUCGGAAAACCGGUACAUUGCCUCACCGUGGUUCGGUCUUAACGUUGGUGGAGGGCCUAGCACGGUAGCUAUGAUGUCCGCGCCGACCUUUCCCGCUGUUCAUGACCUUGUUACUUUGACGGUAACAAAGGUCGGACAAUUGCUCCGGAAAGAAGAGAUCCUUGAAGGGGGGCGGAAGGCUAGCAGUCGCAAGUGGAGGGAAUGGAGUGUGCUAUUGACGGGCUCGCAGCUGCUCUUCUCUCGUGAUCCCAAUUGGGCAACCAUGGUACAGACCCAAUCACAUAUCAAGAACAGAGCAAGCGCGGCUGGGUCCCACCCGCUGUUGCCCAGGCCGGAUGAAAUGCUGUCCCUGAGAGAUGCUGUUGCCGUCUAUGACCAGUCUUAUGAUAAGCACACGAAUACCCUUCGAUUGGUCAUAUCAGACGGCCGCCAUUACCUUCUGCAGGCGAAGGACGAGCAGGACUUGAACGAAUGGAUUUCAUGUGUCAAUUACGCCUCCACGUUCAAAAGCACCGGUGUCCGCAUGCGCUCGUUGGGUAUGUCUGGCAAGGAUAUAGAGCUCACCGGACAAGCCGCUGCUGUAUCGCAUUUGCGAGACAUCCAGCAUCGAGAUCGGCCAUCCCCAGCCUCCCGAAUAAAGACUUGGGACGGAAGGACUUCACCUGCAGCGGAGUCGUAUCAAACCUCGUCGGAACAUACGCGCACUCCUAGCGAGACGACCAGCGAAGAGCCUGUCACUCCUCCCUUGGAGAAUCCUUCGGGGCUAUUCAAAGCAACCUUUGACCAGGUGAAAGCUGAACUUGCCUCAGGGAACUGGCAGGGACUCGACACAAUCAGCGUUCGCUCCGGCCGACGAACCCGCGCUUGCAGUCUUGAAUCUGCCUUUCAAUCACCUGUAUCCCCGGAGUUGGCAGAGGAAGGCCAUCGGAUACCAUCUCGUACGCGCAUCAUUCAGUCUAAAGUGCACGAUCUAGAGAGCAAGCUGGCUGUGCAGCGAUCACAGCUCGAUGCCGACAUGCGUUUCGUCAAGAAUGUGGCUAUUCUCGCACCGUUUCAGCGCGCCACGCGCGACCGUCUUCAGCUCGCAGUGCAAAAUGUUGGCAAGCGUAUCAUGCAAAUUCGCCUAGAGCUGGAGAAACUGAGCUGUCAUCGGGAUGUCCUCAUCAAGGACCUCGAAGCGGAAGAACGCGAUUGGGAGCGGACAAAGAAUAUGGCGCUGCGGGCUGCCAAGCUGGAGCUGGAGCGGAAGCAUAGCAUGCCUCAAAUGUCGUUGUCUGUGCGUAUUGACGACAAGGCGUCGUCGCCCAUUGGUGGCGAAUAUCCGCAAGAAGGCCCGUCAACCGAAACCUGGCCUCAGUCCGCGGCAGAGUCGUUCCAUUCAGCUCUUGAUUUCCCCAUCUACUCCGGCUCUGAAGACAAACAGCGGCUGUCUGUCGUCGCUACUCUUGACUCGCCGGCUUCUACUGUUCCUUCGGACGGCCUGUCGUCGCCCUUCCCUGACGCUCCGAGACCCCUGCCGCUUAGCGCCCAUAGCUCAAUGGACGGCGGUCCCAACCUCGUUGAGACCGGAGAGUCAUCUCGGGCAAGCGUCGUACCCGAGACUUUCGAGGAGCAGGCGGAAGAAUGGAAUAAGACUCGUGCGGCGAAACGAGUGUCUCUGGUCCGCCUUCCGUCUGACCUGCGAAUGUCUGUGCUGCUUGGAAAGCACACCCGCAACCAGACGCAGAUACCGUCGGAGGAUAGUGGCACCACUAUAACUCCAGGACGGGCAUAUCAUCCAGCAUAUCAUCCAGCUAGCUCAUUGUUCUCGCCGUCCACACGGGCGAAUUCAACGAUUGACGAUGUGUUAGACCAUUAAUACUUCACUCCUUCAACCAGCGCAUUCUUUGUUCCUCGUCCACGUUCAUCUCCGCCGUUGUCGUUGCUGUCGCCGUUCUUUUGAGCAUCUUAUCCUUAUUCAAUCAUAGUUCACAGUAGAUCGGUCGGAAUACAACCUGUACGCAUACUCAUUUUGACUACCUCUACAGUAGACAGCCAUAGUAGUACCAAGCCAUUCUUGUCUCGCUGCAUUCUGUCUGCAGAGGCAUUUACAGCCAAACUGCGGGGGCUGAUGAGAUCAAAACGGCAAGUCAGGAACCGGCUAGUAAAAUUAAUUAUCAGCUGAAGCCCCGACGGUGGCGUCGCUAGGCGGCCUGUCGGGAGGGCGUAACCAUCGCCCUCGGGCAGCGUCCCUGGGCUCCCGACCAUGGUGUCUUGACUCUGCGUAAUUUCUCCGCCCUCCUGCCUCUCGCCUCUCCGCCCGCCCCUGCCCUUCCUCUCCCCCGCCCUUACCCACUCCCCUUUCGCCGCCGUCGCUGCGGCCUCUCCGUGCUAUCUCCCAGCUCCAAGCGUUUCACUCCCAAUUGAUCUCUUUCCUUAUCACCCUCAUCAGAUUCUACUCCCAUAGGACCUCCUCCAGACGUGUUUGACUAAGUUCAAGCUAUGGCGGCGUCCGGCACGCCUCACACACACAAGAGAGGCAGUCUUCACCGACUGUCGCAUACCAUCCUUUCCCUGGCGUCGCCGCCGUUCUCGCGCGUGUCUUUCGACGCGCAAGGCUUUGGCUCGCGCAAGAAGUCGCCUAUCAAGACAAGCCCGACCGGGGGUCUGCCCGCCACAUCUAUCCUGGCCUCGACGCGCGAGAGAUCCAGCUAUUACACGCCAUCAAUUGCCUCUGCAGUAGAAUCCCAGCUGUCGCACAGCCCUCUAUUGCCCCCGACGCCGCACUGGCCGGCGAUUGACGUGGUCGCGCCAGUGCCACCGAAGAUGCUUUCGGCAGCUGCGAAGAAGGCGUUCCGGCGGAGCCUGACGUUCGGGCAUUCGACGAAUGUGGUGCUGCUGGACGCACAGGAGGUGCAACGGGCGAAGUCGGUCGGUGCCUUGCGGCCGUCGUUACAUGUCCCCCGGCGGUGUCCGUCAGAGGACACGCUGAACACGCUAGCCACCCCUGGCUCGCCGAUCCUGUUUGCGCGUCCGAAGGGUGCCCGGUCGAGCCAUGACGUCUCCGAGACCGCCUCUGUGUCUGAAGCGCGCGACCUCAGGCGGAGGGACUCGACCGCCUCGUCGGUGCUCCUCGCCGACCAGAACGUGGAGCAGGUGCAGCGCACGCGCGUGGCGAAGCUCUCGAGGCACUUUGGCACGAGCAUUCCGCCCGAGGUCCUGCACCGCGCGACGUCACCGCCGCCAUCGAGCUCUUCGGCGCUUUUGCCUUCACCGACGGCGGUUCUUAGCUCGGCUCAGCUCCCGCGACGCUCGUCGUCGCUUCGUCGGGUGCGGCGCCGCCGGCCUGCCAGCCUUGACAUUCGACCGAUUCCGGGCAUCGUACCUCUGCCGCACAGUCCUCCGGGCUCGCCGUCGGAGCAGACGAAACCGGGAGGCAGCUUGAAGCGAAGCAGAUCUCUGUGGGCCAAGCGGCCAAAGGAGUAUGAGGAUGCGAUGGUGAAAGACGAGGACAAAAGCGAACCCGAGUUGACCCUGCCGCGGCCAGUGUCGUUGAGCGAGAAGCAACGUGUGUUGAAUGUCAAGCGAGCCCGGAAAAUGGCGCAGCUUUUUGGCGACAAUCCACCGUCCGCGCUGUUCCAGGUCACGAACUUCGCACCUGGGUUCGCUGAGGACGGUGACGGGACUGGCCACCAUAACUCCGACGGCCAUCGCUAUGAACGUGACUCGCUUGCCACAAUCAUCUCGAUCUCGACGACUUCUCUCUCCCCAAUGCUGUCAGCAACGGGCAAGUCGAAGUUGCGCGAUUCGUUUCUUACAACCUCCUCCGAGAUAUCGGGUCUAGUCCUGACGGGGGAUGAAGAUGACCCGAGGAAAAGAAGAGGUCUGUGUCCCAAGAGUCGGAAGACAUAACAAAUCAGGCGCAGAGCUCGACUGUCUCGAUCCUGAGUCCACUGCCGGUGACACCUGGGAAAGGAGUUCACUCCAAGACGAACCCAAUGCUGAGCACGUCUAGCAGAUCCCUUCAAUCUAACCGCACGCUGUCUACACCCCAGUCUACAGGGUCACAUCUACCGGAGACGCG